CGAAAAGCCCAGCCCACCAGUAUAUGUCAAUGUGAGAGAGACUGACCCACGGCUUCCCCCAGCUCCCUCCCUCCCUCGCCGCCGGCGCCGCCAUGCUCCGGCGCCGAGGCCGCGUCCUCAUCCAGAUGCUCUCCUCUCCAUCCGCCUCCACCAGCUCCCCUCUCCACCGCCUCAUAUCCGCCACCCGACCACACGUAAACGCGCGGAGCAGCAUCCUCUCCUCUCCCCGCCGCCUCCUCUCCGGUGCCACAGCCCCCGUCGUCUCCCCGAACCCUAGCUUCGCCGUGGAGGAGUACCUCGUCUCCACCUGCGGCCUCACCCGACCGCAGGCACUCAAGGCCUCCCCCAAGCUCGCCCACCUCAGGUCCGCCGCCAACCCGGACGCCGUCCUCGCCUUCCUCGCCGGCCGUGGCCUCUCCGGCGCCGACGUCGCCGCCCUCGUCGCCAAGGACCCCAAGUUCCUCUGCGCCGGCGUGGACAAGGGCCUGUCCCCCAUCGUCGCGGGGCUCUCCGGCCUCGGUUUGUCAGAUCCCGAGAUGGCGCGCCUCCUCUCGCUCGCCCCACACAAAUUCCGCUGCAGAUCCAUCGUCGCCAAGCUGCACUACUACCUGCCCCUCUUCGGCGGCUCCUUGGAGAAGCUGCUCCGGGCCAUCAACUUCACCAACCUCCUCUGCUGCAAGGGGAGGGUGGAGCCCAACGUCGCGUUCCUGCGCGAGUGCGGGCUGGGUGAUGGCGACAUUGCCAAGCUGUGCAGCUCGAGGAUGGUCACCGCCAACAUGGAGCGUGUUCGGACAAUGGUGGCAUUGACCGAAGGCCUCGGCGUGCCCCGGGGGUCCGGAAUGUUCAGGCAUGCUCUGAGUGCCGUCGCAUUCCUCGACGAGAAGAAGAUCACAGCCAAAGUGGAUCACCUGAAGAAGACGGUCGGGUGGUCGGAUGCUGAGGAUUAUUGGUUGCAGCAUCAGAGAAAGGUAGGACACAAGCUGUAGGUGCAUGCCAACUUCAAAGGUUAGAGACCCCAGAUCUGGGAGAGGCAGUGCUGAUUGAGGAGGGCAGCUGGAAGACGUGACGACCCAACAACCUGGAACAUCGACGCUUAAGCUUUGGUGGGAGCAUGGAGUGUACAGCCUUGCUUGUUUGUGCUAUGGCCCGAUAAGCUGGCCGUGGGUAUCAGACCCCCUGGGAGUGGAUGCAGGACACUGGAUUCGUCGUCAGAUGAAGCACAUUUCAUCAACUCCCUUCCGUGACGCCUCGAACGAAUUAGAAGAAGUACAACUGCCUGAAGAAAUACAGGAGUACAUUAACACCAAAUAUCCUUCAGUGCACAACAUUCAGGAGAAGAAAAUGCUCGAACAUUGCAGUCAGAAGUUUUGGCAAACAAUUCUAAAAAAACUCCAUACCAACUGUGAAAACUUACAUCGAGGAUGUCCACAGCUCAGACUACACCAACAGUGCCUCCAGUGAUACAAGUCAUUCCAGAGCUACAAAAUUGCCAUCUACUUCAAACAUCCAGCUGUCUUCUACUGCGACAAGUACUUGUGUCCCACAGUUUACAAAAGAAUUGAAACCAGAGAUAGACUCAUUCAUAUCUUUCUUCGAUUUCUUGGAUUUUCCUAUGCCUGCUAAACAUCCUUCAAGUUAUGAUUCGGAAAUCAGCAAUUUACAGGUUGAUUUGUUCAUACACAAAUUCUCUGAAUGCUUAAAUCUGGACAUUUCGGCAAACAAUAAGUUUCUUUUCACUAUCGGCUCACCAAGUUCUCAGGUGUUAGAAUGGCAAGAGGUUUUCAACAAAGACCAAACCAACAAAAUUUACAGCGAUAAUCAGACUACACCUUCGCAAGGUACCCAAUUUUUUUUGGCCAUUUCAUUAUUAUUUCUUUACUCCACAAACCUUCUUUUUAUCUAAGCAAAUUUUCAGAUGCACUUUUGUAGUCUUUCAUGGAGGUAAUCCCUUUCUCUGUUUUCAAUAAAAUUGUAGUCCUAUUCGAAUCCAUGAAAAGAGACCCGGCGUGGAAAGAGUUGCAUGCUUCAGACAGCUUAAUUUCAUACAAGAAAAGUUUAAAAAUGAAGCCUUCCCAUACCAGUUAUUAAGUUUGGGCAUU